UUUCUUUCAUAUAUUCAGAAACAUUGCCAACUUCCAUUAAUUCCGACCGACUCAUUCAUUGCCUUUGUUUCCGAUUUUGUUUCAUCAAUGGAAGCGAAAACACAACCACAAGAAAUGAUUUUCCGGUCGAAGUUGCCGGAUAUCUACAUCCCAAAGCACCUCUCUUUACAUGCGUAUUGCUUCGAGAACAUUUCGAAAUUCAGUUCGAGGCCUUGCCUGAUCAACGGCUCAACGGGCGAGAUCUGCACCUACGCCGACGUCGAGCUCAUGGCGAGGAAGGUGGCAGCCGGUCUCGACAAGCUCGGCGUCCGGCAGGGCGACACUAUCAUGCUCCUGCUACCGAACUCGCCGGAGUUCGUCUUCGCCUUCCUCGGCGCGUCCUACCGCGGCGCCGUCACCACCAUGGCCAAUCCGUUCUUCACCCCCGCUGAGGUGAUCAAGCACGCGAAGGCCUCCGGCGCAAAACUCAUCGUCACGCAAGCUUGCCACGUGGAGAAAGUGAAGGACUACGCAUUCGAAAAUCACGUGAAACUCAUCUGUAUCGACGCUCCGCCUCCGGAGAGCGGUUGCCUGCACUUCUCGGAGCUGACGCAGGCCGAAGAGCGAGACGCGCCGGAGGUGGAGAUCGACCCCGAUGACGUCGUAGCGCUUCCGUACUCCUCCGGGACCACGGGGUUGCCGAAGGGGGUGAUGCUGACUCACAAAGGACAGGUGACGAGCGUGGCGCAGCAGGUUGACGGGGAGAAUCCGAACUUGUAUAUUCACAGAGAAGAUGUGAUGAUGUGUGCGUUGCCGUUGUUCCAUGUCUACUCGCUGAACGUGAUGCUGUGCGGGCUGAGAGUGGGGGCGGCGAUUCUGAUAAUGCAGAAGUUCGAGAUAGGGUCGUUCUUGGAGCUGAUACAGAGGUACAAGGUUACGAUCGGACCGGUCGUGCCGCCAAUCGUGUUGGCGAUCGCGAAGAGCCCGGUGGUCGAUAAUUACGAUCUGUCGUCUAUCCGGACGGUGAUGUCCGGCGCGGCGCCGCUGGGGAAAGAGCUCGAAGAUACUGUCAGAGCCAAGUUUCCGAACGCCAAGCUUGGCCAGGGAUAUGGAAUGACCGAGGCGGGGCCGGUGUUGGCGAUGUGCUUGGCGUUUGCGAAGGAGCCCUUUGAGAUAAAGUCCGGUGCCUGUGGGACUGUCGUCAGGAACGCCGAGAUGAAGAUCGUCGAUCCCGAAACUGGAGUUUCUCUUCUCCGGAACCAGCCCGGCGAGAUUUGCAUCAGAGGCGACCAAAUCAUGAAAGGUUAUCUGAAUGAUCCAGAGGCGACGGAGAGAACAAUAGACAAGGAAGGAUGGCUACACACGGGCGACAUCGGCUACAUCGACGACGAUGACGAGUUGUUCAUCGUCGACCGAUUGAAAGAGCUCAUCAAAUACAAGGGCUUCCAGGUCGCCCCCGCUGAACUUGAGGCCCUCCUCCUUUCCCAUCCCGACGUGUCGGACGCUGCCGUUGUCCCCAUGAAAGAUGAAUCGGCGGGAGAGGUUCCGGUUGCUUUUGUCGUCAGAGCAAAUGGAUCCAAGAUCACUGAGGAUGAAAUCAAACAAUUCAUAUCCAAACAGGUAGUUUUCUACAAAAGAAUAAGCCGAGUGUUCUUCAUCGAUGCCAUUCCCAAGGCUGCGUCCGGCAAGAUCUUGAGGAAGGACUUGCGAGCAAGACUAGCAGCUGGUCUUCCAAAGUAACUAAAAGUUUCGUUGACGUUGACGUUGACGAUCAUUGCUUCUGCUUCUGCCUUUUCUGGCUUAUAUAUAUAUAUAUAAAAUUACUUGAUUGAUGAUGAAACGCGAUCUGUAUUCUGUAACAGUAAAUGUGAAACAUAAACUCCGCUUCACCUCA